GCCUGCCUCCCCGGCCCAGCCCGGCCGGGCGCUGUCCACCCGAGGGAGCCCGCGCCCCGCGACCGCCCGACCCUCCACCCGCCCACGAACCGGGCACCUGUGCCAGAAGCCCUGCUGAAUCAACUGAGAAGAGACCUGCGGAGCAAUCACCAUGAGUAUCUCAGCUCUUGGAGGCAGCACCAAAGGGAAGCCUCUGCCAUCAGGUGAGGAGGAGCGCAAUAACGUCCUCAAGCAGAUGAAAGUGCGAACCACGCUGAAGGGGGACAAGAGCUGGAUCACCAAGCACGAUGAAUCGGAGGGUCGCACCAUAGAGCUGCCCUCAGGUCGGAGUCGUGCCACAUCCUUUUCAUCAGCUGGGGAGGUUCCGAAGCCCAGGCCUCCGAGCACAAGGGCUCCGACUGGCUACAUCAUCCGGGGAGUGUUCACCAAGCCCAUAGACAGCUCUUCCCAGCCCCAGCAGCAGUUCCCCAAGGCCAACGGGACUCCAAAAAGUGCUGCCAGUCUGGUGAGAACAGCUAACACUGGUCCUCCCCGCCCCUCCUCCUCUGGCUACAAGAUGACCACUGAGGAUUACAAGAAGCUGGCACCCUACAAUGUCAGGCGCAGCUCUACAUCAGGGGACACCGAGGAGGAGGAGGAGGUGCCUUUCUCCUCAGAUGAACAGAAACGGAGGUCAGAGGCUGCAAGCAGUGUUCUGAGGAGAACAGCUCCCCGGGAGCACUCCUACGUCCUGUCGGCAGUCAAGAAGAGCACUGGCAGUCCUACCCAGGAGACACAGGCGCCGUUUAUUGCGAAGAGGGUGGAGGUGGUGGAAGAGGACGGGCCUUCUGAGAAGAGCCAGGACCCAUCUGCUCUGGCAAGAUCCACUCCCGGCCCAAACAGCUCAAGAGGUGAGGAAAUUGUCCGCCUGCAGAUCCUGACACCCAGGGCAGGACUCCGCCUGGUGGCCCCAGACCUGGAAGGCAUGAGGUCUUCCCCAGGCCACAAAGACAAGGAGGCCCCCUGCUCCAGAGAGCUCCAGAGGGACUUGGCUGGCGAGGAGGCUUUCAGGGGCCCCAACACAGACGCUGCAAGGUCAAGUGAACAGUUGAGUGAUGGCAACGUGGGAUCCGGAGCCACGGGCUCCUGGCCUGAAGGCUUGGCUGCAGUAGACAUUGGCUCUGAGAGAGGAAGCUCCAGUGCCACUUCAGUCUCUGAUGUCCCUGCUGAUAGGAAGAGCGACAGCACAGCAGCCCGGGAGGAUGCAAAGGCAGACCCAAAGAGGGCCUUGGCGGAUUAUGAGGGGAAGAAUGUGGCCACCAAGGUCAGAGAGGCCUGGCAGGAGAGGCCUGGAGCCCCAGGAGGUGGCCAAGGAGACCCAGCUGUACCCACUCAGCAACCUGCAGAUCCCAGCACCCCAGAGCGGCAGAACAGCCCCAGCGGAUCUGAGCAACUUGUCAGACGAGAGAGCUGUGGCAGCAGCGUGUUGGCUGAUUCUGAGGGGAAGAAUGUGGCCACCAAGGUUGGAGAGGCCUGGCAGGACAGGCCUAGAGCCCCAAGAGGUGACCAAGGAGACCCAGCUGUACCCACUCAGCAACCUGCAGAUCCCAGCACCCCAGAGCAGCAGAACAGCACCAGCGGAUCUGAGCAGUUUGUUGGACGAGAGAGCUGUGCCAGCAGGGUGAGGAGCCCCUCGAGCUGCAUGGUCACCGUUACUGUCACUGCCACUUCUGAGCAGCCUCACAUUUAUAUUCCAGCCCCCACAAGUGAAUUGGACUCCAGCUCUACCACCAAAGGGAUUCUCUUCGUGAAGGAGUACGUGAAUGCUAGUGAAGUGUCUUCUGGGAAGCCAGUAUCUGCACGCUAUAGCAGUGUCAGCAGCAUUGAGGACUCAUUCACCAUGGAGAAGAAGCCUCCAUGCGGCAGCACUCCAUACUCUGAGAGGACAACUGGAGGGAUCUGUACUUACUGCAACCAUGAGAUCCGAGACUGUCCAAAGAUUACCCUAGAACAUCUUGGCAUCUGCUGCCAUGAAUAUUGCUUUAAGUGUGGGAUUUGCAGUAAACCGAUGGGCGAUCUCCUGGAUCAGAUCUUCAUUCACUGUGACACCAUUCACUGUGGGAAAUGCUAUGAGAAGCUCUUCUAGGUGGGUGCUGGCACUGCAAAGGACAAGUGGCCAAGAGACUCAUUAAGGAGUAGAGAUGUGCCCCAGUCUCUCCUGGAGUCAGCUUCAGACACAGCUAUCUUUCUUGGCUCUCCCUUAUGUUUGGGGGCCCUAUGUCUUCAUGUCCCUCUGCCUUGUGAUAUUUUGAGAUCUUAGGUGGCAUGGACAAAGGCCCUCUAUGAGGACACUUCCAAAUCACACCUUCCAUCCAGCACCUGAGCCAAGCCCUCUAGCUGCCCUGGGAUGCUCGCUGGGCCGCUGUUGUUAGCCCCAUUUUGCAACAAGGAAAUAAAGAUGUAGAAAGGGAGGGGACCUGGAGAAACCAAGGUAGAAUCAGGACCUCACCCCAGGUCUUUGGAUUCUUGUCCAGGGCUCUCAGUUCACUGUUGCUUGCAUAGCUUCAGAUCAGUACUGCAUAGCCACGGUGCUCAGUGAAGCAAGCCUCUGGGUCACAUUAUGAGAACUGCCUGAAGACGUGUGUUUGCAUGCUCAUAGCCAGUGGAAUUUAUCACAGUGUCUGAGCACAGAGCAGAAUAUAUCCCUUGAAGGCAGUCGGGAUCAAUAGCAAACAGGCUUUCCACUAGCUCCAUGCUGAUGGUCUUCUCUCCAGAAGACACCUUGAGCUAGGUGGUAACUCCUGAUCACUGGAGCAGUCACCCACCCUGAGGGCCUCUGGCUGAUGUGUUUCUAGUCUCAUGGCUACUUCUGUUUUCUUUUAGCACCCCCCCCCCCCGAUCCCUGGGCUGAUCAGAAGCUGAUGACUCUGGACAAGUUUGGCUGUCCCCAGUUUUGCCCCAAGUUGCUGUCUCCCCUUCCCUCACCUCCUCCCACCCUGUUUGAUUUCUUCAUGCUUUUGCCCUUCUUAAGUUGAAGUUGCAUACAUCCAAUAUCGUAUCUUAAUGAUGCUAUGGUAAUUGCUUGUGUGUAUAGCUUCUCAUAGCUUAGAAAGCACUUUACAUCCAUGAUCUCAUUUCAGGCUCAACCAAACAGGAUCAAACAAGAAUUCCAUCUUGGCUUCCCUAAGACAGAUUAGCUUUCUAAUGAGUUUAGGUGGGUGGAAGUGUAGGGUUCAGUGUGUCCUGACUCCCUUGAGGCUUAUGAUGGGCCAAGUUGAAGACUGUUGAUGAUCCCUGAUGGGUAAAUUGCAGACAUUGAAUGCUAGGGAUUGGUAUAGGCUAGUGUUUAGCCUGUCUAUUUGCCAUAUCUAUUUUUUUUAAAAUUUCCAUACACUUGUAAAAGUAGUUAGUUGCUUUUGAUUGACUUAUAUAGCAGUUUUUCAUUUUGUCUUCCACCUACCUUUCACUAUAUUUGAGUGUUCCCUUACAGGUAUGUUGGCAUGUGUUGGAAAAUUUACACAAUUAGGUUUAAAUUCAGUAGGAUAUGAUUUUAGGAUGCUACUGAUCAAAGUGAUAUCUGUGUCUGUUGGAAUCUUGAUAGUUGAUUAAUUUGCCCUCAAUUCUGCUCCCUGAACUUUACACAUAAAUCUUCCCAAGUGGGUGUUAGGGUGUGUAGAUCCCAGCAGGAUUAAGGAGGGGGAAAAGCAACUAACAUUUCUUGAGCCUGUACCGCAUACCAGGCACUGUCACAAAGUGAUGGCAUUAAUCCCCAUGAUAAUCCUGUGAAGGCGAUAUUCUCAUCCCAUCUUAGAGAUGAGGAUAUUGGAACUCGGAGAGGUGGCCAUUGCAUUGUGCAGAACUCUACAGAGCCUGUGCUCUUCCCAGAGCAGCAGCCACAAAAGCAAGCAUUGAUUUUGUGCUCAGUGUGUGCCAAGCACUGUGCAGAGGGUACAUAGUUCCUGCCAGGUUAACACCCUCCCUUCAGGCCUCCUGAAGACAUAGGCUUGCAAAGAGCAGAAGGUGUGAAAUCAUACUCUUCCUCUGGGCAUCCUGGAUCCCUGAAUUAUCCCCACCUCUCAAGAAGUACUUCAAGGGUCAAGCUGCCCCUUUCCCUCCCCUCCACACAUGAAAAUGCCUCCAAACUGAGAUGCUUUCAGCUGAGAACAGAUUUGGCUCAUAGACAUUACCAAAGAGGAGCUUGUGAAUCCAGGAAAAGCUCCAGGGGGCUAGCUUAUCUGAGCAGAGAGCUUUCAGUGACCCAUUUUCCUGUCUAGACUCUGCCUCAAGCUAGUGGCAACUGCUGGGGCCCCAGGUACUUGGGACAUGGAAACUCAUUGGAUGGCUGGGCAGAUGCAAGCCUGUUCAUGCAGUCAGCCAACCCUCUGCUCAGGUUCAGCUGGACUCUGCCAUCUGUGGGCCCAGCAUCACUCUGUAAGUUCCUUGAAAGGAAGAACAACCUUAGAGUAUUUCUGAUAUAAAAUGAGGGCCUGUUCUCUUGAUUUAAUUAUAAAAUGUCUACGUCUUUCUCCAGUUUCUAAGCCUUAUGCACAUUGGCUUGUGGACUUGUUCUUCCUGCCAAAUGAUCAGAGAGGAACAUUCCAUUUAUUUGUAUCAGAUUUCCUCUGGAGGGCGUGUACCCACACUAAAUAGCAACUGCUCUUCCUCAACUGUAGUCCCCAACAUCAGACUUGGCACGUGGUGGACACUAACACACAGUUACUAAAUGAAUGAGUGAAGGGAAGAAAAGUCACCCCGUUGGUGAGAGGUGCUAUCCCUGAGUCUCAGUGCAGGCCCAGUGGAUGAAAGGCAAGAUAAAGAGGCCCAAGAUAGGCUGGCUUCCCCCAUUCAAGGUAUAGUCUGCCUUUAAGGGAGUUUUAGAACCAACAUGCAAGAUAUGCAAAGAAAUCUUGCAAGAGCAUUAUUGACUUAGACCCAAAACAGCCUCUCUCAUGUCUAAAAAGGCACAGCAUUUUGCAAAUCUGAGGAAGAGGGAUGGUUGCAUUACAUUUUUGCUUCUUUUUAAUUGCUUAGUGUUUCUAAUCAUACUUAAUCCGUAUUAAUGUGCACAAUUAUAAUAAAUGGUAAGAUAUUACA